AUGAAGCUUGGUUUUUCUAGGUUUGAUGAUUAUAUUUAUACUUCAAAUGAAAUGUACAUUGAAAUAGUUUUAUGCUCGGAGAAAUAUUUAAAACCUGGUGAAAAGUGUGCAUCGCCAGAACUAAGAGAGCAAUUCUUUGCCUAAAUAGGAAAUGUGGUUAUAAUUGAAUUUUAUUCAACAACAAUAGAUCCUCGGGAUGGAAAAAAAUAACGUGGAUUCUAAGAAUACUAUUUGUAAAUAGAGGAACAAUAUUGUUAUUCAAUGCAAUCUUUUUUUAAAACAAACUUAUUUGAGCUCUAAAAUUAUAUAUUAUUUGGAUCUUCUCAAUACAAAGAAUAUAUUGUCGACUUAUAAAUACAAACCUAAACAAAUUCAUUAGAAUAUUGCUAAAAAAUAUUUUAAAAUGAAGCACUUGCAAUAGUGUAUCUUGGGAUGAAAGGAACUCAAGAAAAAAUAACUUUAGAGUAUCCACGGGUAGGUGAUCUAUUAGCAAAUAUCGGAUCUAUUGUAUCAAUAUUAUUUAUGAUCAAAUACAUCAUUAUGUUAUUCAAUGAGUACUUCUUAAAUUAAAAGGUAUUAAAAGAGCUUAUGAGCUUUUACUACCCAGAAUUUAAAAAGAUAUAAAUUACAAAGAAUUGGAGGGGGAAAAUAGUUGAAGUUAGUCUAAAUAAGAUGAAAAUAGAUCCAAAUAUUUAUGGAAAAUUUUAUGAGAAUGUUUCCAAUUAGAUGAAAUAAAAGUUUAGUUAUUUGAAUUUAUUGUAUGAAAUAUCUAGACUGUAUUUUGUUAUGAGAUCAUCAAAAUUUAGAAAUGAAUUUUUGAAAUCUCAUUAAAUAGGAAUAAAGAUUAACCUACUUUAGUAAAAAGAGAGUGAAAUUGUUUUUACACCGAAAUCAGAAAAAUCUUUUGAAGAUAAUUAUGUCUUAAAUGCGGAUGAUGCAGACAUAUUAUCUUAAUCCAGAAGAAAAAUCGAUAAAAAUUAUGAUCUAAUUUCGGAGGAGAUAUAUAAUGAAAUAGAUUAUUAUUAUAUCAAUAAGAUUUCAUGA